GAUUGAAUUUUGACAAUACAAUUUUUUUUCAUGUCAGGUAGAAAAUAAAUCUAAAUUUUUGAAAAAUGGAAGGAUUUGAUGCUACAUGUCCUGCUGUACCUCCACAUAGUGCAUUGGGCAAACCCGACAGUUUAAACUCAGAAUUCCUGUACUACAGUUCUAUACUCAAAGUCCUCGCACCAGCUAUGUCAGAAGAAUAUCAGCGACAACAGAUAGUGCCGUGGAUAAAGAAACUUUUUAGACCUGAAUAUCAUAGUUCCAAAUUUCGAGAAAAAAGAAACAGAUAUCUUCUGUACUUAACAAUAACCUUACUGAAUGACGAGUCUUAUGGCAUUUUCACCACGUGUCCACCAGAAGGAGCGUUGCCCGAAUUACACGAUCUAGAACACGUUCCCGUUCCGGCAGCUGAAUGGGAAUUGGAUAGAAUGUGGGUAGAAACAUUGAACGGUCUUCCAAAGGAUUUUCAAUGUCUACAGUGUUCAAUUCAUAAGAACAGUCACGAAUGUGAAAAGGACCACAAACUGGAUAUGGAAUGUUCUUCAGCACCUCGGUUACAGCUGCUUGAAUGGCUGGGAUAUCAUCAUAAAAUGCUCCUUUCAUCUUGGUUUUCAAUUUUGGAAAUAGGAAAUAGUCACAUGGUGAUAAAUCAGGCGAAUACGGAGGGAGCAAUGAGGAGCUCCGUGGCUAUAACUGAGGAGCACUCGGGAAUCAAAAGAGCCGAGUUUGCCCGACUGUGGUCUAUCCGACAAGAAGCGGCCUCCAUGCCCGCUCGCGCCGAGGGAAAUUUAAAACAUGAAGAAGAUGACGUGAAGUUUAAUUCUCCGAUAUCGAAUGAUUCAACUGCCUCUACUACAAGUUUCACUUCUGUUUUGUACUACCGUUGUCAGUUACGAACAUCUCAUAUUUCUAUAACGAUCUCAUCUACAUUUUCAAGGUACGCUUGCAGUUUGAGAUUGGCUGGUCCGUUCAUGGAAUAUCCACCAUGGAAGUCCCUUCAACCACUUGCAGAAGCGGCCAAAUUAGCUGUAAAUACAAAGCCUAUCACUGAUCCCACAGGACCGGAUGCGAACGAAUUUUUGGCUGGACAACCAAUACCAGAAGAGGGAGCCUUUUGCUACAUAGCUAUUACUGGAGAAUUAGUAGCUUCCAGUUUUGGAAAAUAGUGAACAUUUACCAAAAGUUUUUUCAAUGUAUUAAUUAUCAAGGAUUGUGAACGGAAAAUUUAAAAAUAGUAACCUUAGAAA